AGGCAAUAUGGCGCGAAUGAAGUUCCCAGGAUCUAACAAGAGCCGUUCACCGGAGAAAGAAAAGUCUUUGGAUAUGUCUGGACGUACGAGAAAGGACACGUUGAUUAAAAAACAGAAGAGAUCGGUUAUCAAGCCAGUUUUAAUUAGUCUUCGAAGAUACCGCGAAAUUUUUGGAGAUUCCGAUGAAGAGGUGAUUCGAUGUCUCUGUUUGCCAUGCACAUUUCAGUGUUUUGUUUUUCAAACCCUUUCAGUUCUGUCAAUGGUCAGUGAUUUUAGGCUCAAGUGUUGAUUUCUUUUUUAUCUAGGAAGAAGAAUUUUACGGCUUUCGAGCAGAGGAUUUAGGUCUCAAAGCAUAUCGCUCUUUUUCUGUCAGCCGAUAUUUGGAUGGCAGCGAGAGAGUCAGUUAUAGGAGAUAUAAUCAUGGCGUUCGAGACACCCAUUCGCGUCAUUCAGCAGACCAUUCAUCAAAAUUGCCCCCAGAAUCUUCCCAUCAUAACAACAAUAUUAAGGAGACGGAGAAAAAGCAGACGACCACAUCGCCUAGCCAAAACAUAUACGCAAAACAGUACAAGAAGAGAGAGUCGUACGAGAGACGCUUCGCGCGUCCUGUGGUUCGUGAGGUUGUAUUCGACAAUACUUGCUUGUCACCGAAUGUGAAAUCAACAACUCAGGUGAAGGCAAAUUUUGUACCUCGAGUCCCAAAACCUCCUCAAGUAGUUCUUUCCAAAAGCAUGAAAAUAUACGAAAGGAAUUUAUUUCCCUUCGCGAGUGUAAAAAAGAAAGCAGCCGUUCCACUGGCGAAACAGUUGUUGGCAAAGGCCAAGGAGGGACAGAGGAUUCGCAAGCAAAAUUCAUCGGUAAACAAACAUAGCGACCAAGUGCGAUCGCGGUUUGGGCGAGUUGUAAAGAGUAAAAAAUUGGAUUACGACGACGUAACGUCACCCAAAUUCAAAGCAAAGAGAGAAGAAGCGAGAUCUGAAGCAGCAAACAAGAUCAAUCGAGGACAAAAGAGGCCCCUUGAGGAUGGCGAAUGUCCUCCUGAGAAAUCGCUACGACUGGCAGAGGUGAAGUUGGAGAGAAUGGAGCUACCGGCCGAUCAAAGCGUCUACGUUCCUAAUCCAGGUAUUUAUAUCGUUUAUCAUGAAUUAGCUAGUUCUGUCAACAGUUGUGAGCAGGUUGUAUUAAUUUAGAAGCCACUUGUAAUGAAGACUGGAAGUUUACUUUGACGCGAAACCCCUAACUUUCUUUGAUUCAGUUCAAUGUCAGUAAACUGUUAAGCGAAUAUGCAGUGAUGAAAGAAAGAGAAGCUUCAGACCGGGGUUAUUUUUUUGACAUGCAAUUAAUUUCUCAUCAUCAUGUGCGUACAGAAAAGGGCUUGUAAAGUAUGUGGAAUAACUAUUUUUUUAAACAAGUCCUAAAGUGUCAUUUCAGCAAGGUUGUUGAAGGUAAUGUUGAGUCAGGGAAAUUUAAUAUUUUGGGCUGCAUGUUGGGAAAGAAAAUCAUUAAUGAAUAAACCUCCAUCGAUUAUUUGAGCAUUUUGUGUUUGUAUGGGUUGCUUUAUCUGGUUAGCAUUGCAAGUAAGAAAAUAAUGAUAUUCGUAUAUAAAUCAAACAUCAUUAAAUAUUACAAGAUGAGUGAUUUUAAAAAUUAUGCACUUUCUACUUUGAGGUUGCCACAAAUACUUGAUUUUCUGAUUUUCUCUUUGUAUUUCUCUGUGCAGCUCUUGUUCAUAAUAUUUUAAUGAAGUUUUUAUUUAUACUAAUUUGAUUUUAAUGUUUUUUUAUUGUUUUGUAUUUUUGAAAUAUUACCUAUAGCCAACUAAUAAAUGUUUAAUGGCAACGUAAUUUGUUGCAAAAUAUUAACAUUUUAAGGUCCUUUCAUCACAGUACAGUUCUGUUAAAAAAAAAUUGGUGAAUUGAGUUCACCACAUUGUUUUCCUUAAAACUGCAUUGUUUACAUUACUAACAAUACAACUCGCUCUCCACUUACAAUGCUGCUUCAUAGUUUUUAAAUAUUCCUCUUCAAAGUUAUUUUUGAAAAAUAAUACAUAAGUAAUAUUGAUACAUGCAGGGUUGUCAUUAAGAGCCGAGGGCCGGGGAUUUUCCCCGGCUACUAAGAGAGUGGCCCCCGGCUACUUUUAUUGGAAAAUAGAAGAAAAAUGGAACCAAAAGAAAUCUCUAGCCGUUUGAUUCCCCGCCCACUUGUUGUGUUUACCCGGCUACUUGAAAUCUUAGUGACAACUCUGUACAUGUACAUGAGUAUAGGACUACAAACCUUUGCUGCCAUCUUACGAAGAGCCUUUUGUGGUGGCUGUGUUGUAGGUAAAAUCUUUGCUCAGGUUAAACUAGUAUGACCUUUGUUAUGUAGCCCUAAUUAUUCAUAAGAAACAAAAAUGGAGAAAAUUCUGGUUUGAUCUGAGGGUGAAUUAUGCCUGCAACAAAAUACUCAGUCAGUAAACUAUUAUUAUUAUCAUCACCAUCAUCAUCUUUAUCAUCAUCAUUAUUAUUACUAGUAAUAGUUAACACUACAGAUGCCCCCGCUCUGAAUGUUAGUGGUCAUUAGUAUUCUUGGUAAACUAUUAGCAUUAUUAUUAAUAUUAUUAUUAUUGUUAUCAUCAUCAUUAUCAUCAUCAUUAGUAUUACUGGCAACUAGAGGAGCCCACAGUUUUAAUCUGCAGGUAGCUAUUUCGCAUGUGGUAAGUACAUGGUGGCAGCAAUUGUUUAGACUUCCACGAAAAAUGAUCGGAAUGCAUGCAUGUGCAAUGCAAUCUGAUUAUGCAUUUAGACCUUGUAUCAAUAAUGUAAUGUGAUCAUGCUAGUUUGACCUUAUAACACAUGAAACUUAUGUAAAGCACCAGCUUUUGACCUCGGAUCAGAAGCCUAAAACUUGCCCGCACCAGUAUUAACCAAGAGUGUGGUGUCGACAACAAUCGAAGGUCCAAAGUCUUUUGCUCUAACAUGAUGCGCUGCUUAAGUUUCACGUGACAGAUGAUCAAAACAUGGAUGAUAAGGUUACAAGGGUUAGAAAGACGAAAUGCGUGUGAUCAAACUGCGUUUUGUUGAUUCCAUUCAUUCUUAGUGGAAGUCCAAAUGAAUGCUGGCUAUGUACAUGUGAUGCAUGCAUAAUAACUACCUGGAAAUUAGGAUUGUAGGCUCCUCUUGUCGCAGUGUGCAAAGAAAGUAGUGUCCGAUAGCCCGGGGCUAGUGGAUUUUGCUAUCGGGCUAGUGAAUUUUGUUCUUAACUUGCCCAACAGGCAAGUGAAGUUUUUUGAGGAAUUCAAAUUACAGAAGAACUAUGAAAUCAAUUCUGCUCAUCAAAAUGUUUUUAGGGCUAGUUGAAAUGACAUUUGAGUUAGUAUAUGCUAGUUUCAGCUUGCCCUAAUGGCAAGCUUUAAAAAUGACAUUCUUUGCACGCUGUGUCGCCAGGAAUUAUUAUUGUAAAGUUAGCCAUUGUUAUUAAAGGUCCAUAAAGAGAGCACUUAGCUUUAGUGUAUCAUCUUUGUUCCGAUGCAGAGUGGAGACAUAAGCUCUUUCCUCCUUUCCUUUGUUUUAGUUUAUUGCACGUGCUUCGAUUCUUUGGUCUCUGUCAUCAACAAUAAACAUAUUUGCCCAAACGUCCAUGUUUUGUCAUGUGUACAUGGGUUGAUCACUAGUUAUUAUAUAUAAUGAGUUUCUGAUAAUAAUAAUAAUCAUCAUCAUCAUCAUUGUUAAUGUUGUUAUUAUUACACUCCAUAAAAUGUUAAAUAUCUGUGUCUGAGUGCCACAUUUUGCAUUCCGAUAGAAUCUCCCACGGGAUUUGACAUCAGGCCUCUUGGUGCGAGUGAUGGUAGAAAGGUAUGAAGAUAUAUGUGCUGUUAAAUUUACAGUAUACUUCUUUCUAUAUAUUGUCCCUUUUUAGCCUACGUAUACAUUGCGGGUCAAAUUUGAUUUCAAGUUAAAUUUUUUUAACCUGGGUUGACUCUCAGUUUCCUUUGUCUUCUAGGGGUAGAAAGGAAAGGAAAUUGAGAAUCAACCUAGGUUAAAUCAAAAUUAACCUGAAAUUAAAUUUUACCUGUAUUAUAUAAAGCUACCUUGCAUUGUUCCCCAAUUCUGGGAAAAUUUUUAUGAGAGAGAUUUCUGAGUUUUGGCCUCAGAACUUGUGUACUCAUAAUGUAAAAAUACUUCUUAUAGUGACGCAAAAAUAUUCCCCAGAAAAUGAGUGUUUCUUAGAUUCAGGUAGAUUCAGUCCCUUGUACAUUGAACAAUAGCUGAAAGAGUAUAAUAUAUUUUAUUUCUUUGUCAACCAAUCAGAGCUGCUAACCGGAUUCUGUACAGAUAUGGAAUUUUUUGGGCCAACUGAGAAUCAAAGUAGUCUGAAAUGGUUAACUUGAAUUUCAGUUUAAACCACAGCAGCUAUGUGCAGUGUUCUUUCUUGUUAUUUAUGUAGCAUAGCCUUCACCACAGAAAAAACCAAACUGUGGUUAAGUCCGUCUGCGAAACAACACCAAAAUCUUUGUUCUGGGUCCCAAUGUGUGUACCAGGAUUUGAGUAAUCGUUGGGGACCCAGAAUAUGGAUAUCAGUGCUGCUUCACAGACAUUACUUACUGAGGUUAAAUUUCAUCUGCAACGCGGGCCGUUCUUUAUACAGCUGUGAUUAUUUUGUUUUUUAUUGUCAGAAUGCAAAGUUUGACUUCAAGGACAAAACUGCCAGCAAUUCCUCAGCUGAUGAGAAUCAGACUGUUACCAAGAAAACUCGCAUUAAGAACGCAAAGAGGAUUAAAAAUGCACUCACUGAAAGAAACCAUUAUCAACAGGCAAAAUUUCCUGGUCGUAAAAAACAGGGAGGAGCGAAUAGUAGAACUUCAAAUUCAGGGGAUGAGCUACCUAGCUCAAGAUUUAGAAAAGAAGGGAAACAAAUUAACAGUAAAGGAGACUCAACAUCUAUAAAGAGAUCAGAGAGAAUUAAAAUAAGGAAAAGAACACUGGAUGUUUCUGGUAUCAAACAAGAACAUGAAAAAGAAGAUCCUGAGGACCAAGUUAGCGAUUCAUCAUCCAUUUCGGAGGUUUCAUCUUUAGGUAGUAAUGUAUCUAAAAAAAGUACACCCAAUUCUACAAACAAAUAUGUGUUUAAAUCAAAACGUCUACAAGAGAUGCAAGAAAAGGUGGAGAAUGAGUUUAUUGAAGAUAAUUCAGUAGUGAACAGGGAUAACUUGGGAGAAAUUGAACAACAGGGUGGGAAUGAAAAUGCUUGUGUAGAUUCUGACGGUGGAAUGAGUAGCCGUGCAUCAUCUCGACGGUCGAGUCAGGAAGAGAAGAGAGUUCAUAAGGACUCUGAUAGUGAGUGCCAGCCUCGUAAAGGGCCGGUGGUAGUGAAGAAAAGAAAAACAAGUGGGAAGAAGGCAGCUGCCUCGAGACUUCAGGUAAUCAAAAGUGACAAUGAAAUUCCCAGCUCUAGUGAAGAUGAAGAAAGUAGCAAACCUCUUUCAGAAAUCAAAAAAGAAAUGGAGAAAUCACCUGAAGAACAAACAGAAAGGGUGGUGAAAAGAGUCAUCAAAGUUGUGAAGAAAGUACGAACAAAGAGUGGUGAAACCAAGACAAAGGUUGUGAAAAUUAUUAAGAAAAUGGGCGUGAGAAAGAAGCCAACGGAAAAAUGUGCUGUAGUCAGUGGGCGCAGGAGAGUACGUUGCGGAGUCUGCGAGGGUUGUAAAAUAGAGGAGGAUUGUGGUGUUUGCCGUUGGUGCAAGUAAGUACUUUUCAUGAUCAUAAAUGAAAGAAAAGAAACUGAAAGUCAAACCAGGCUGAAACCAUUUUUACCUGAAUUUCAUUUUGACCUACAACAUAAAAAUGUCCUUAGUAUGGGUCAGCUAGGCAGAGAAAAUAUUCUGAAACCAUGACAAAAUGUUUUGAAAACUGAAUGAUUUUGAAGGCAUCAAUAAGAUUUGAAAUUGACUGGUAGAUAUAUCAAGUGGUGGGGAAAUAAACAGCUAGGGAUUCCGUUGAUUCUAUUUUCUUCUAUUUUUAUGAAAGUCGUCAGGAGACACAGGGUUGUCAAAAGUAGCCAGCUGCCGGCAGAAAUCACUGCCUACUUGGUUAGUACCGGCCAGCUACUCUGCUUGGCAUUUCUUUAUGGAUUGCGUUUUUUUUUAAAUGAAAAUAUCCCUGAACUGGCCGCUUACUUUGACAACUCAGCUGUCUACGUCAAAACUUUCUGACAAUCCUGGACCAACACCUUCAUAGUAACCAGGGGAAAUUCCUAACUCCCCAGAACUUAAUGACAGCCCUGUAUCUUUAAAGAAAGGGGUAUUGUGUGAUGCAAAAUGAGAAUUAUAGAUUAUACGUGUUUCACCCAACUUUUUUACUGCAGGGACAAACCAAAGUUUGGAGGACCAGGAAUAUGCAAGCAAUCUUGUGUGUAAGUAGUUUGUGGUGUAAUGAUGAUUGUUAAGAUAUGUAAAAUAGUUUUACUGGAGAACCAAUGAAUUACUCAUCAUCUUUUUUUUAAAUUUCAGUGAACGCAAGUGUCUUGAUCCUCAGCCCCCAAAACCUUUGGGCAAUGCCGCACCCAAGAAGUCAGAGAAAGGUAUUUUUGGGCUCACCCAAAAUGAUUUGUUUAUGGAACACAAGAUCUACUAUAUAAAUUACUAAAGUUUCCCUUAUCUUGAACUUCAGAAACAUGCUUCCUACCUCCAUUUACUAAACCUGUAACAGGCAGGAUUCAUUCAGUGUAAAAAUUUCUCGUUCUUGACUUUACUUAAUGAAAGAAAUGCAUGUUCAGCUACGUUUAACUUUUUGUUGAGGUUGAUCUGAGAACCUCAAAGUGUUAUUCAAAGAACUGUUUUACAGUUAACUGGCGUGAAUGAGUACCGAGUAGGUCACUAUUUUACUGAAAAUGUGAUCUUUUCAUCGUCAUACAUAGAUGUAUAUCUUUUUGGAGCUUAUAUUCACAGGGGAAAUUUUGUAGCCUGAACAGGCUCAUGGCUUACAGCUGUUUGAAGUCUGCCAGUUGCUGGCUUCUAUUGAGAAUCGUCCUGGAAUUCUCACAGUUUUGAGAAUGUUAUUGGCUGGUAGAAAUUCAAAUACUGCUCAACAUUCUUGGUGUAACUGUGUGAUAAAUUUUUUGGUGUAAAAUACACCAAAUAUGACAUAUUUGUAAACCCUGAUUGUCGCUUGCAGCAGUAAUGUUUUGAAUUCAUAACAAUGCAUUGUGUUCAAAACCCUUUAAUUCCCAAGAUUGACCAACACCUAUUUUCUCUGAACAGCGUCAAUACAUCGUCAAGGAGAAUGUUAUGAGAAUUAAUUUAAUAACCACCAAAGGCAAUUAAAUGCUUUGAACUUUUGUUAGAUUCUUUCAGCUUAUUCUUGAAGGAAAUGUAUGGAUAUCGGUCUGGAGAAUCUGUAUUUAGAUACUGGAGCUUUAAGGCUCACAUUCAACUGAACGGCUUUGCGAGUCCUGUAUUCCAGAAAAAUGAUUUCGCGUAGUUGAAAAUUGCUAUCUUGAGUGUGUGUAGAGUCAAAAGCAAACACUCUGCCCAUCAAAACACUGAAUUUGACACAAGGAGUGUUUGAAAAGAAAAACACAUGAGCGAAAAGCCGCUUGGGUGAACAUGGGCCUUAAACUGACAACUAACUGGGCUUUUUGAUCAUCAGCAAAACCGAAGGUGGCACCUAAAAAAGAAGGCAUUCCCAUGAAAAAGAUUUUCAGGAAAGAACAGAGUCAGGUUCCACAAUCCAAGAAAAAGUCAAGUGUUCAAGUCAAACCACCAGCUGCUGGCAAGAGGCAGGCAGUGCUGGAUGAUAAAAACCUUGUUAAGCUGCCUUGGAGCGUAAGUUAAUGAUAGUAAUCAUCAAUAUUCCAAGGGAAUAAUCUGAUUAGCCCCAGGACCCCGCACCUUUUCACCAGUUGAGUGUUGACUGACAUUAUGUUGUAAUGUGAUCACUCGUCUCCCGCAGUUGUUCAAGUGGUUGUUUUCUUUCUUCCCUCCAGCCCUGGGGGCUUCUCUUCCCUGGGUCUCAGUUUGCUCAUUAAAGAUGCCUGAACAGAUCCACUGGCUUGUUGUCUGCUGAGGUGCGCAGGGGAUACCAGGGAUAAUAAUAACACAAACCUAGGAUUGUGAUUUUGUAAAAACUUUAAAAUUAAUUCUUUGUCUCUGGCAGAAUCUGAGCACUUGGCUUCAGAUUUAGCGGGUUUGUGGCACUAAGGCUGUGCUCUAGUGGUACCCAGUAGCUCUUGGUGCCAAACUUUUGCUCCUGGGCCACUAGAAAAUCUUUUUUUUUUUUCGCAGAAAUCAUAAUGCUAGACACCCUAGAUUUCACAGAUUGAGAGCACUGGCUAAAUUAUUCUUAGAGCACAGCCUUGGGCACUCAAAAUAAGAUACAUGUAAAGAGUAAAAUCGAUUGAACAAACCUACAGAAUUGUGCAAAACUCUAACUGGGAGCUUGUGACAGUCUUGUGCAUGGCAUGGUAGCUUUAGGAAAGUUUAAGCCAUAAUUUUAUGACUGGAACUUUGCACUACUUUGAUGCUGAAUCACCUUUGAAGAAGUGCAGGAUAGGUUUGCUAAAACCAGGGUUCUCAAUAGAAGGCGGCACCCGGCGAUUGAUCGCCGCUUACUUUGGGAUUUAUAGCCGCUUACUUUGUGUUUAAGUCGCUUUUCUUUGCUUUGUUUUGACACCUCUGGCUUUGCUGAAGAGCCUCUUACUUUAUCAGUGAUCACCUCCUAUUUAAAAAUCUAUUGAGAACCCUGUAAAACAUGACCUUUACAACCUGAGACCCUAUGGCAAAGGUGACAUUUUGUAGAGUGAAAAAGUCAAAGACUAUAAACAGUCAUGUUGAAAGGGCCUGGGGAUGUAAAAGUCAUUUUGUGUAGGAAUAUGAAAUCUGGGAUGUUAAAAGAAUAACAAUAUAUUUUUAUCAUUUAUUAGGAUAACAGUACUGAGGAGGAGAUCUGGAAGGAAGGAUUUGGAAUUUGUUUUACUGCUGGUGUUCCUAGUGCAAUAAAGGAACUCUGUUUCCUUUGCGGCAGCAAGGGCACAGAAAAGGUUUGAGGAAAAUGCUCUGUUAAUCUGUGUAAGAGAUUUUAGAAUAAUAAUAUGCAUGAAGAGAUAAUGAUAAGUUAUGAGCCUGGGCCGGAUUGUUCGAAGCUGGUUUAAGAUAACCCAGGGUCAGUGUGAAAUUUGCUUAAAAAGCAAAUUCAGUUUAAUUCUUUUGGUCUAUAAUUUGGUGAUUGGAUGCUCUAAAAAGAAUAGGGAAAAUUAUCUGAGAAAGUGCUUUAAAAUAACAGAAAAGGAAACAUGGAUUAAAAUUUAACCCCAUUUAAGCACCAAUCUGCCUUUGAACAACUUAGCCCUGGUGAACUUUCAAGAUCCAUAGUAUUAACAUUUCCAUCAAAACAUCCCCACUGUAUUAUUAACUAUGUUGCACAAGGUUAUUUUAACUUGUGAGCAUGCAGAUGAAAUACUCAAGUAUGACUGUUCAAAUAAAAGCCGCUAAGUUUUAUGUCACUGUGGACUGAUUAUUUUGUGUAAAAGUCAGCUUUUUUUCUGUCAUUUUUAUUUCAGCCAUUCUAGGAGAGUCACAUUCUUGUUUUGUCUUGUUUGUAGAUGUAUUACUGCAGAGUUUGUGCUGAGCCCUUUCAUGGGUUUUGUCUUGAUGAGACUCCGAUAGAUGAGAGCACAUGGUGCUGCGAUAACUGCAGCAGCUGUUCUGUUUGUGGAUAUCAGGAUAAGGUGAAGUAAUGGGACAGUUUCUUUUGUCCUCCACUCAUGUUCUAUUUUUUCUUUUUUCGUUUCUUCUUCCUGCAAUAUAAAGUGGCUUUGGUUCUCACUGACAAUGGAGUCAGAGUCAAACUCAUUAUCAGAAAGUUAGAGCACUUAUGAUCAAGUGAAAACACUCUUACUAUUGCUUACAAUCUAGUGAAAACUAGACUGUUGAUAGUCAACAAGCAGAAGAACUUAACUAAUCACAAGGUCAAGGUUUGGGGAAUCAGCAAAUGUAAUUAAAGGUUUAGUCUUUCUCUUCAUAUCUUGACUCUGACAAGCCUGUUUUCAAUAGAUUGUAAGCAACAGUCGAGUUAUCAGUGGAGUCAGAAAAGAGUGCAAACUUAAAUCUGUUUCUUGCAAAUGUGAUUCCAUGAAUUAUGACUCUGUUGCUAGUGAAAAACCAGCCAUUGGGAAGCUAUCUGAAAACAUACUCUGCAUUUCUAACUGUCAACUUCUUCUGCAAGGAUAGCAAAUCCUGUCAGGAUGCCCAUAAGCACCAACAUGUAUGAAAAUCUUUGAGAUUUCCUCUAGAUAUUGUUAUUAAAUGAUUCAAUCAUUUCAACAUACACUCUCUGACUGCUUAAUUCUCAGCUUCUGAUGUGUGAUCGCUGCCAGCGGGGCUAUCAUGUGGAAUGUAUAGGUCCUCAUUACCCCACAGAACCAGAAGGAGAAGAUGACGUUUGGGUUAGUGGUUCUUUUUGUUGUAAAAUUCAAACUUAAGUCAGCAACGUUACAGCAAAUACCUAUCACGGGUACACCUCUUGAAGAUGGUAUGCCUCUCAAAGGUGCAAAGCAUCUGAGACGAAGAAUCUAGUCUUUGAUUUUCCUUGAGAUACACACGGUAUGACAAAAUUGUCGAGACACUGUCAUCAAUAAUUAGGUUUAUCUUGGUAAGCAAAAUAUUACUCUAUUAAAAAUGGUUGAUAAGAAGAGGUGUGGUAGGGAAAGCUUCACUUUUCUGUUUUUAAGUAUAUAUAUAGUAAUGUAAGAAAUGUCUUUGAGGACAAAGUGUCUUAAAAUUUGUCACUGAUUGAUGGUGUUAUAAUGCAGAUGGUUUAAGCAACCUUUACGACAGAUAGUUUAUCUUGUUAUGUACAUCAGGCAGAAUAUUUUAAAUAAUUUCAUAGUGUAAUUCUUACUGUCUUGUUGUUUUACUAGGUAUGUGGUCGUUGUGUUCAGUGUGAGAAUUGUGGAAAGAGGACUGCUGGAGAGGUAAGCUGCUUACUGUAACUAAAUUAUUUUGUGGAUUGGAUAAAAAGUGUUGUGUUCUGCUGAGACAGAAAUGAAAUUUCCCUUGUGCUGGAAAUCUCUUAGGGUGCUUAUUGCCAUUUAUUUAAACCAUCAGUUUGAAAAUAGUGUGCAUUAGCAAUUUAAAUGUAAUAUUGAAAAUAUGACCAUUGCAGUUUUAAUUGCAAUUUAAUUGCAACUACAAUGUGGUGGUCCUACCUUAAUUGAGAUCUAUAAUCCCACCAUUCAUGUCAUCAUCAUUCUAUAUAACCAAUACCUUAUGGGAGAUUAACCACUAUUAAAUAUAGCCAGAUCAGCUGAAGGGAGGAAAAAUGUAGAAAAAAAUGCAUCACAUCAAACAACUGCCCAUUUUCCAGCCAGAAUAGCAGGAACCCUAUCUAACCCUUUUUUUACAAUUAAGUCUUAGAUUUUCUAUGAAGAAACACAGCCUUAUACAUGUAUAGUCAAAUUUAGUGACACUGACAACAUUUUCUUUUAGAACCCUGAGGCCUUGUGGAUGCUAGAGUUUACACAUUGCCAAGACUGCGGCCUCCAAAGACAACAGGGCAACUUCUGCCCCCUUUGCGACAAGUGCUACUCUGAUGACGACUUUGAAUCUAAAAUGGUGCACUGUGUUCAGUGCGAUCACUGGGUGCAUGCUGAGUGUCAAGGUAUCACCUUGGAUCAGUACGAGUGUUUGUCAGACUUGCCAGAAGAAGUACAGUUUAUCUGUAGGCAGUGCUGUUCAGAACAGGAGACGCUGAACUGGUACAAAGAGCUCAUGGAGGAGAUGGAAGCUGGUUAUGAACGGGUAAAGUCAAGUUUUUUUUUUGUAAACAAUAUUUAUUACAACAUUGGCUAAUCUAGAGUGCUUAUGCUGUUUACCUUAAAUAUUUCAAAAAUACAAAAUUAAUGUAUGUCAGGAUUGAACAUGCACAUAAAAAAAGCAAAAGAACAAAAAGAAAAACAAAAAUAAAUAAAUAAAUAAAACACACACACAGCAACUAACACAAGCAAUUUGAUAGCAAAAUAAACAACUGGACAAGCUGAAACAUCCUAAAGUUAAUUUGAAAAUCAGCAGUAGAAAUACCAUUUAAAAGUCAAUCGAUUUUUUUCUGUAUGGUACAAUGCCAUCUAUUUCCAACAAUUGGAAGUCUAGUUUUGUUACAUUACCUUACCCUCCUCACAUCUUCACACUCCAUAAUGCAUAAGGCCUCCACACUUCUCCUUUGUUUGUUUUCAGUAAUAGUAAAUUUUUACGUGGGGACAGGACAUUAAGCCAUCGCCCAACCCACAACCUGAUGGGCCAGUUGUUGCAAUUCGUCUGGCCUUUUAUCCAAAACCUGGCCAGCACAGUUGAACCCACCAGGGACCAUAGGCCCAACUGGUAUAGCUUCCAGGGUCAUCAAGGCACACAAAUAUCCCACCACAUUUAGGAGCAACGCUUAGGGAGGCCAGGUUUUGUUACAUUACCCAAUGGAAAUGACAUUCCCAGAUAUGCUCUCAAGUGAUUCCAGAAUCGUCUUGACCAUGAAGUUGGAGUGGAAUGCUUGGAAUAACAUCGUUGUUAGAGCAGCCUGACCAAAUGGGCUUAAAAAUGAUGAUGAUGAUGAUGAUAAUGUUGCACACUUUGUCCUUGAUUGAAUUAAUUUUUUAAUUUUCUUUCUUUUUCUUAGAUUUUGGAAGAAAUAAAAUCUUGCGAGGCUUAUAGUCUUUUCCAGUCUCUCUUUGAACAGGUAUGCCAAUCAAUAAAAAUAAUUAUUGUUAUUGCCCUGCUCAUAAGUUAUUGCAACUAAUUGUCUCAGAACCUUAUGUACAGAGCCUUUCAUUGCUAAAAGAAACAUGCUUUGCCUACUCCUGUUUCAUCUUGCAGCUACAAGUGGACAAUGGGCAUCCUAAAGAUCUGGACAGUAUUUCAGCAAAAGUGAAAGAGAAAAAGUACAUAACUGUGGUAUGUAUGUUCUUCAUGUACAGGGAAAUCUUGAAUUAAUUGCUGGCAAGCAUGAAUGAGACAGCACGCUCUUCUUUAUUAUAUAGGUAAAAUCUAAACUUUUGUUAGAAUUGUUAGGUUUCUGACAAGUUAAAAGUGUUGCCUUAUCUGGGGCCCAUUUCUUAAAGAUCCCAAUAUUUACUGGGCCCAGAGGGUUGUUUUAAGUUUGCUAUCUUUACAUUAAGAUCUGAAAAUGAUACAAUGCAAUUUAAGUUAUGCUCAGAUAAUGAAAGAAAAUGCACCAGUUUGGAGGUUAGAGCCAACACUUUCUAACAAUGAUUCUUUAGAUCGUAAUUUUAAAAUAUGCCUUUGGCCUAAAAAGGUUGCAGGAAUUUAGAGAGACUGGCCUGUAGACACUUUGGUUAAUUAGCUUUUUUGCUGAGUCGAAGAGAAAUUGGGUCAAAGAUCCAUUAUUAACCUUGCAGUCGACACAGUCAAGGAAUGCAUCUACUAUUGAAUGCUUAACCUUCCCAGGCAAUGUUGUUUACAACUAAAAUUUUAAAUCUUUCUCUGCUCAUUAUUCACCAUAUUGCUUUUGCAAUCUCAUUUCCCAUAACCUUCUUCUUCACACAUGUAGCUGUUAGUGCUAGUAUCUUCUUCCAGUUCAAAUGCAAGCACUCACUCUCAUGUUGAAACUCCUGUUUAUCAUAAUCCAAGUUAGUGCAACCUGUAAUUCUUCUGGACAGACAAGAACACAUACUCACAAAAUUUACUGACAUCUUAUAAACCCAACUGUGUUUUCUCUUGCAGGAAAGCUUUUGCCAUGACUUGAGGGGAAUUUUAGACAAAGUGUAUCGACUUGUAGAGGCUGAUCUUGAACUAACAAAACAAUGGUCUUCUCUUUUUGCAUCAUUUUGCAAGGUGAUUAUUUUGGACAUAGAUUACUAUGAUGUUAACUGUAAUAACAUCUACCAUUACUAGUUCUUUAGGCACCAGGUUUGAAAAGCUCAAUGAGAAAACAAACAUUAACUAAACAAAAAAGCAUUACUCCAAAAUCGUUCAAGGGUACAUAUUGUUUUUCUGCAAUGUUCCCUAUUGUUUUGUUGUGGUUGCUUGAAAUUUUGUUUUAUUUUUAUCGUUCUUGUCAAUGUAUGUAUUUACGACCAUUAUUUGUUCUAUAUUUUAACACUCAGGAACUGGCAUUGAUGUUUCCUUGGCAUACACUGAAGGAUAAUAAGGAGACCAGUGAGAGUCAACCAGUACUUCCUCCCAAGUAAGCUAAACAAGUUCUGAUCUUAGACCUCAAAUGUAGUAGUGUAACGAUUAAUCGAAUUCUCGAUUAAUCACGAUUAUGACCAUUCCGUUCGAUUCACGAUUCUUUGCUUCCACAUUUCAAUUUUACUUUGAUUUUCCCAUAUCUUUUCCAGGGUGCCCUCAGUGAGUUGUUAUAUUGUAGUUCGUGCGCCAUUUUGUGUUGCCUGGUAAAAAUGCUGUCCUUCAACCACCCCUUGAGAAUUUCUAAAUAAGGCAAACCAUCUUUGUCAGGUUCUCAAACAUGGCUACAAACCAAGCGACUGUGAAUCCUCCUGUUCCUGUUACUAUUCUCAAAUCACGUUAUGUUAUAAGAAUAUUAUUAAGAAACAUUUACAUUAUCGAAUCGAAAUAAUCGAAAUCGAAUUGAAUCGCAGGGAAUACGAAUCAUUACACCCUUACUCAAAUGUAGUCAAAUUCAAAGUGAAAACAAAGUAUUAACUCCAACACCAGAAUAUGAUUAUGCAUAAAAAUAACAAAGUUGUGUAAGUGGUUAGUUUGCCUCACAUAAUUUUUCUGGAGACUCAAGAGUUGGAACUACCUUUUAAUAAUAGAUACCCUUAUAUCUAACUUGAGACAGUGUUUCAUCACAAGAUCAAACACUGCGAAGAGAAAUGAAAAUAUGACUCACAGCAAUUUAAUUAUCCCAGUGUGGUUUAAAAAGAAGUAGAGAAAAGAAGCGGGUGGUGUAAAAUACAGGUCACUUUUCCACAGGUCAGAGUACAGGUCACCAUGAUACAGAUAAAUGAAUAGCAUUCAAAGUUUCUCGUAGCCCUAAACUCUUAACAAAAUGCUCUAUUAGAUUGAGGGGAAUCUGAAGGGUUUGGUAAUUCAUGGAUGGAGCAGUGACCUGUACUCUUGACCUGUGGAAUGUGACAACAUAAUCAUGCAAAUUUCAGUUAUCACUAAUGUGAACUGUUUCCUCACUGCCUUGAUUCUCAUUGACAUCUAUUUUACCUUGCGCAGUGGAUUCAUUGGACCCAGUAUUUGCUUUGAUAGCUGGGAUCAUGCAUAUGCCUGUGUGGAGGAUUCCGAAAGAAAUUCUGAUCCUAAACCUGCAAUAACAAUCCAGUCUCCCCCUCAGGAGUCCACAUCCAACUGCCCUGAAACAAAAGGUAGGAUUGUUUUACACAUGUAUGCAUCUUUCUGGUACACCGAGUUGUAUUAGCAGCAGGGCCCAGUUCCUCAAAAGACGGUUUAGUGUAACCCAGGAUUAAGCCAAAUUUUAAGCAAGGUUUUCUUGUCUAUGAGCAGGUACCUCGAGCUUACAUACUUAACAUUGAGAUUUGAGAUACAGUAAUGGCAGCAUAAAAUGUUUCUCCCAGAAAUAUAUAGGAAGGUAAAUUCAAAAAUUGAACAAAAUUUUAAUCCUGGAUUAGUGCUAAUCAACUUUUCAUAAACUAGGCCCCGGUGUGUGUGUGUGGGGGGGGGGGGACUUGAGGGGGGGAGAGGGGUGGGGAGUGGAGGGGUUAUCGGUAUGAACAUGAUGGGUGCUUGAAGCCUUGGGGGAGGGUGUUAAAUUGGUUGCUUGGUUUUGUUGAAAGGUGAAUUUUUCACUAGUAAACUUGCUCAGAGACUGUCCGUACUUUCCAUUUACAGAUAAUGAAGAAAAGAUGGAGAUUGACAAUGAGAAUGUUGCAGAAAAAACAAUUAAAAACGAAGAACCAAUGGAAUUGGACGGCAACAGUGAAGAAAAGAGGCAGUCAUUAAUUGAGGUAAAGCAGAUACUAUGUCCAAUUUUGCACCCGGGCUUAACGGUCAGACAGUUUGUUCCAUCAUGUUAGGAGACACCAUUUGAUUCGACCCUAACCAAAAACAGUAAAUAGCCAGGGAUAUUCCAGGUUAUGGAAGCUGAUUUGGUAAAUACAGAAACUCAUAAGGGGUUGAAACGUGUAAAUCUCAUACGUUUUCGCAGGUGCUGUAUUUGGAACGAGAAGAAAAGAUAACUGACCAAUCCAACUUCGUAAAAGACGUGACGUAAUUUUAGUCCACGCGCCCGCGACAGUUCAAAAAAUAGGGACUUUAAGAUCCAACGACGCGACGGCGACAAGGACGUUGCGUAAAAAGUGAAUUUGCGUUCUUUCAGUCUUUAUAGCGAUUAUUCCUACCCAAUUACUUUGUCAAUUGUAGGCGAACCCUCCUGAAGCUGAAUUUCAAGGGACCAAAUUCAAGCUCAGAAAGACAAAUAAAAUUUCGUCGUUGCUUGUUUACGUCCUCCAUAAAACGCGAAAUUAGGCAUUUUCACGUCGUAGUCGUGCAAAAACGGGAAAGAAAUGUACAAAAAAGUGUGAUGCAUGUGGGAAGUUGUUGUUUUGCUAAUUAAACCAAUUGUUUUUUUGACGUUCUCGUUGUCGUCCGCGUCGUUGGAUCUUAAAGUCCCUAUUUAGGCACUCUCACGUUGUAAUCGUGCAGUGACGGCAAAAAAAUGUACAAAAGAAACUUGAACGCGAGUUACAAGUUUCAACCCCUUAUGAGUUUCUGGUAAAUACUAAUGACAUUUAGUAAAAUCAAACUAGUGGUCUAUUAUCAAUGCUACGUUCUGAUUGGUUGAGCUACUAUUAGGCUAUAUGUUAUAGCCCACUGGUAGGGAAAAGCGCCGGCUUUUCGGCGGCAAACAAGGAUUAAAGUUUUGCUUUAACUAGCUUAAGUUGUUUUGUCUGGAUAUUUUUGACCAACUAGUUGGAUUUUACUAAAACAAUUUUUCCUCUCCCCCUCAUGGCCUCUAAGUCAAUAGCCCACUCGGGCUCGAGGAAUAAUUGUCAAGUAUCUACCAAAAAAUCACCGUCCAGUGGAUAAACCGUGCAUAUAAACUAGACGCUUAUCCGAUAGCGAUUUAUCCAGUAACAAACGGGGGGAGGAGUACUCCCUCUAAUGGCCUAUACGGGAGGACCCCCCCCCCCCGAAAGGGGUACCUUUUUCGGUCUUCAGGUAUAUGAAAGCGUAGGGAUUUUACUUGUUGAAGUAUACGAAAGGGUGAGGGAAAUCUGUGAUUUCUGUCUGUAAAAAGGCCCAAAAGGGCUAACAAAUGCAUUUUAUGGUUGUAAAAGUCAAGGUUUCACUUUCACCGUACGCGGGACGAAGUAGAUGACUUGACGUUGUUAAUAACGUAGAUUAGUAAGACAUUAAACACAAUCCUUUUACCCAAGCUUCGUUCUAAAUUUUCAGGAGGACACCAGACGUUGUCUUCUGUGUGGUCUUACAAGAGAUGCUGAACCCUCCGGCCCUGGCCGCCUCAUUUGCUGUGGUUUGGAUGAGUGGGUGCACGUAAAUUGUGGACUUUGGUCUGCAGAAGUGUUUGAAGAUGAUGAGGGCCGAUUGCAGAAUGUUCAAGCGGCUUUGUCUAGAGGCAAACAAAUGGUGAGAGUGCUUUUGACUGUUUUUGUUUAUCUUGAGACCAAGCUGUUGUGGUGUCGUAACCUAUUCCGGGGGUAUUUACACUUGUACCAUUUACAUGGGAAAUCCGAUAAUUCCGGAAAUUCCUGUAGGAAAUCAAAUAGUUCCCGCCAUUCCGUGAUUUGAGGCGAUUCAAGUGUUACAUCGUGUAGCCACGUUAAGUCAAACGUAGUGCGCCUAAUAUUGCAAGCAGUGUGCGAAAUGCUGUGUAAAACAUUUCCGCGUGUAAGUGGAAUAUGUUGCUCACAAUAAAGCAAUAUUGAUGUGUCCGGGCCUUGUGGUUACUCUAAGUGUUGCAUCGUGUAGCUGUUGUAGCUAAAAUCGAUUUCAGGUUAAAUCAGUAUUCAACUUAGUUUUAGUUAAAAUUUCCAGUUUCCUAGCCCUAUUUAUUCAUAGGAGGCAAAGGAAAUUCUGGUUAAACCUGAGAACAGAUUUUACCUACAACAUAGCCACGUCGAGUGAAACGUGUUACACCCAAUAUUGAAACAGUGGUGUUCUAUGUGGCGUUAAUGUUACAGUGUAUAUAUUGCACCAAUAUUACAAGUACUGUUGUUCCUGUGUUUGGGCCUAUGCAAGUGGCGACAUUUGCUAACUGAUUUGUUCUGUUUUUAGAAAUGCGAAUUCUGUGGAGAGGUAGGAGCUACUGUGGGGUGUUGUGAGCCUAGAUGUCCUAUGAAUUAUCACUUCAUGUGUGCAAGAAAGGCGGAAGCACAGUUUCAAGAUGACAAGAAAGUUUACUGCGCCCAGCAUUCCUUUAGGACAAAGAAAGAGGUUGGUUCUUCUAGAAUGGAUGAUGUUCAUUGAUUCCUUGAUGUCUAAAUGAAGGUGUUGAUUUUAAGGCUAUGCUCACACUUUACUGAAUGCCUCCUACGCCGGCACGAAAACCAUUCUGGAUAGGGCUUCUUAGACUUUCUAAAAGUCCCUUUUCUUCCUGGUUGGUUAUGACAUUUUGAAGGACUUUUCACACCUUUUAGGCGCGAAAUUCACUGGUCGAAAAUUCUACCGGUGACGUCAUGACAAUUGACCAAUAGGAUAGCAUAUGACGCUCCCGACACAGCAUAUGUCAAUCAUUUUUUUCCAGCGUAAAUUUAUAAUGUGUUUCAAAUUCAUUUAGGCGAAACAAGUCGACCUCAAGACUUCGUCGCUCGCUUGGUCGCUGCGCGACGUCAGUCAUGUAUUGAAGCUCGACUUGAGCAAGUCUAAGUAGGUCGACUUGUAGUAAGUCUAAGGCUUUCUGUUCAGACGUAAGAACGGUGAUCUCAACGCGAUCGCUGUAACGAAGCCGAAGCUGCGUCGCGCCGAUCUCGAAAGUGGAGCAGCCUCACUUUGGUGCACAAUGAAUAAGGGUCCACUAAGACGGAAGUAAAUAUUCAGGAGUGAUAACUGGGAUUUAGUUAACCAAACUCUCUUGGCCAACCGCUCCAGCACGAUGUCCGGUGUGUGUGGCGACACCAAUUUUAAGGCAUCCGGUAUACUGUGAACAUAGCCUAAAUCCUAGGGAGAACAAAACUCACUAACCAUGUCCCUAGGGAUCUGUACACUCGCACAUGAUCAGAUCGUGUCCCUUGAAACCGCGGGAAAUCGGUUUGCCAGUCGCGCCAAGCAAAUAUGUAUAUAUAUUUUUUUGCUGUCAUGGGCGAGGGACGUAUUUAUGAUAUGUUCUAUACCGUAAAUGACCUAAUGAACGCCCACUUCCAAAUAAACGCCUCUUUUCUAAUAAACGCCCCCUCUACGCUGCUAAAAUUGUAUUAGACGCCUCUCUGUAAUAGACACCCCCUGUCAAAUAGACGCCCCCAUAAGAAUUACUCCAAAAUACUAGGAAUUCAUUCGAUUCAUUCAGUUUCUUGCUUGAUUAACAAGGCUUUACGUAUUUUAUCUUGUUUAAUUUCAAGUUCAAAGUAAGGAUAGACUAAUGAUGGCAACACAAUAACCCUGAGCAAAGAUUGUCGAUGUUGGGAUUUGAAAGAGCGAUAUGGAUCUCUUGACGGCCUAGACGUAUCAAUUGACAGAGUUGAUAUUCCGCCAUUUUAAAACUCUCUUUCUUUUUUCGUGUUUUUUAGCUUGUCACAGUUAUGACAAUAAACGUGUCUCUCUUUUUUAAAACUCCUCCCAUGUAUUAAAAGCCCUCGCAUAGACCCCUUAAAUAAAAUAGACGCCCCGGUCGUUUAUUGGGUCAUUUACGAUAUUUAUUUGAGUUGCGAACUUUGUUUCCGGUGAGGGUCUUGCGAUUUAAAAUAUCUCUUUUCUCUUUUUGUAGCUGUUGAUGGAAAAUGAUGAUUUCUGUGUGGAGCGCCGUGUUUGCGUGGACAUGAGCAAAAUCCGAGCAACUAAGAAAUUUUCAAGAGGCUUCCAGCCUAGCUCUAUUAACCUUGUGCAAGGUAACGUGCGUGCUAAUUAUAGGAAAGGUUACGUUUGCCACUUUGGUGACUUAAAUUCUUGCAAUAAAUUAUGAGUUUUCAAGAAUCUGAAGGUUUUUUCUUUAUUUCUUCUCUAAAGGCUCCCUCACCAUGGAAAACAUGGGCAAACUGAGCGAAUAUUCAGACACAAAACAGGCGUUAUAUCCCAUUAAUUACAGGUUUGUAUAUUUUUAUAAAAAUAUGAUCGUGAAUAUCUAAAUUUAAAUUAAAAUGGUGAAAGUUUUUAACCAAGGAGUUCUUUCAUAAGGAAGUGGAGCGUGAUCAUGCUCCGAACUACGAUGAGCUAGCAAACCUCGAUCAAAGUCAUGUCAUGUGGCUUUUGUUUCUUUUAGCCGGUAAUGUCUCUUAGUUUAAAUGUUGGAGCUACGAAACUCUUUUAGUAAAUAAACCUUUAUUUUCAUUGGCUUUGAAAACACACCUUCCAUUGCUUUUAUGGAGCUAACCAGAGAGAGUGAGCUCAUUUUCUUUAGGGAGCGAGUUAAUAAGCAACUCACGCGGGUGUUGUCCCUUCCUAAUUUGCGAGAAACAUCAUUGUACCUGAAAAUGAAAGCACUAUGGGCUAUAUUCUAAGGGAACAGACGCCCGUCUCUAGACUCCCCCCCCCCCCAUUCCCCCUUCUUUUUUUUUCCCGAUUUUCCAAACAAGACCCGACUCCUGGACUCGUUUUUUGGGGGUUCAAUAGGUUCUUAUAUAAUUGGGAAUUAAAUAUAUAAAGAUCUAUAUCGCUAGCUUCUUGAAGGUCGGACAACAAGUAGUCCCUCAUUAGCCAUUUUCACACCUUGUCCCUUCCGCUCUCGCCCCCUCCCCCCCCAAAAAAAUAUAUAUAUUGCAUACCCAUUCCCCCACAGUUCUUUUGGGUAUUGAAACCAAUGCUUAUGCAAAAAAAGUUUCUUUUGGCGUGGGGUGGGAGUGGGGGGAGGGAGGUGCUAGGGGUCGAGGUGUAUUAUGGGCAAUGUAAGAUUGGUUAAUUCGUUCACGGAUAGUUAAGUAAGCGAAAUAUGUGAGUGUGCGUGAACAUUGUUACCUGCGAGGAAGGUGACACGCAUGUGACAUUUUUUCCUCGUAGGUGGCGAUUUUCGAGCCGUUCACGUGUUCGCCCGCCUUACGAUCUCUGGGAAAAAUAAGGAACUGCUCAGGCGUAGUCUAUAUGUAUGGGUUUUACUGCACUGUGAAUAUGAAUAAGGUAUGCUGUUACUUAUCUUUGUUGAUGUUGUUGUUUUUCAGAGCAAGUCGUCUAUACUGGAGUGUGAAGGAUCCAACCAAACGGUGCCGUUAUUAUUGCACAGUUGAAGAGAAGAAAGUGAAAACAUUUGCGAAGAAAUCACACUCAGAAAAAGAAAAGGAGUUAAAAGACCUUCAAGACUUACACAAAGUUAUUUCCCAUGAAGAGAUUAAAAAGAAGGAAAAGGCAACCAAACACUUACCAUCAUCGCACGGAGAUGUUAAAGACAUUGUUCAACCUCGCGUCAGCAACAAAUCCAAUGAUUUGUUGAACAGUUCUUAUGGAAAGAAACUGAAAAAAAUAGCUCCUCAUCCUGGGCCUUCGCUAAUUAAUCACACUACUUUUCCUGGAGUACUCUUUAAUGAUGCAAGCUUGGUCGCUUCAAACGCAAAUUCGCAUUUAGCUAAACUUCGAAGAAUUCUUCCUGCUCCUCAAAAACCGCCAGCUUUACAAAUUUCUCCGGCGAACUCACCGAGUAAACUGCUUCAGCACUUAGCUCAGCAAAGCAAGCAUAUACCAAGGAUUUUAAGCAAUGCAUAUGCCCGCCUACCACAGAAACCUCCUCAAAAAUCUACCCCGACAUCGACACCAACAGCUCAUAGAACUAGAAAAAGCCCUCCUGUAGCUAAGAGAACUUCUAGCCUCGACGAGAGUAUUCCGCAGACUGUAAGACAAUUAAAUUGCGAUCACGAAGUUGUCGCAAAAACAGCUGAUGCGGAAAUUUCUAAUUCGCCUGUUAAAGAUAAGUCUUCUUAUGCUUGGUUAACGAAUCUAAGAGACCGUGCAAGUGUUUCAAACGUGGAGGAACUCCACGUCAAGUUCGUUAUCACAAAUGAUGAAGGGUUCAGGAUAGAGGCUGAUACUUGUGAAGGUAAGAUGUAGAAGCCUUCUUAAACCCGCCCCCCCGCGAUUCUCCUUCCGUCUUCUUUUUUUUCCUGGAUAAGAAAAGGAGUCUGCGUUAAGCCUUUGAAGUCGCCGCAGCCCGAACGUCUGGACCAGUCAAUCUUGCUUCUUCUCGUCAAACUGGUUUUUCGAGUGCGAGCAUCUGUUUAUUGACAAGCGGGUGGUCAUAACUGCCCACUGAAUCAAGCGCACGGCUGUUAGGCGUGGAUCAGUCUCUUCCCCAGAGCCACUCGGCUUAAUUUGUGUUUCAAGACCACGUGACCAUGAAACGACGGACUCUGGGGACGAGAAUGGUGUGGACUCGAAAUUGUAUCGCAGCAUGAAGCGCAUGCUCAGCGAUGGUUUUACUCGUUUCUCGCGUACGCCAAAAGAAAGGCUCUGACAUAGCCCUUAAGUCUAGCCAAUCAGAGCACGGUUGCGUUAUGUUGUAAUAGAAAAGAUAUUUAGAAGUAAAAGCAAAAACCAUUCACAUCAUAGUGACUUGCUCACAAGCGUUUUUGCCCUUUUUUUCGUCGGGUCUCCACGCUCUAAGAUUGGUUGAAAUAAUAUUGUAGCUGUUUCUUAACAGAAGUAAAAGGUAGAACAGUCGUGUUACCAUAACCUGCUCGCACGCGUUUUUCUUUUCCCGCGCUUUGAAGCCGCUACAUAUAAUUGCUCCGAGAUGUGAUUGGUCCAUUUUAUUGUUAGUUCGUGUUGUGACUGGUCAGUUAAUUUAUCUUAGUUUUGCUGUUCAAAACUGGUCUAUACUACAGUAGUAGUUUUUCGUUCCCCCUUAAUUAUUCUCUGGUAAACAAUGACACCCUGACUUUUUUCUUUUGUGUUUAAUCUCAGCUGCUUGGAAGCAGGUUUUCGAUAUGGUCCAGGAAGCGAGGAUUGAUCGACGUUUGAAGCUGGUUCCCUUUGCAGGUUCUCAGUAUUGUUUUGUUGUUGUAAGGCUUAUGAAGAAGUGUCCUGCAUGUCGUAAGCGAAAAAAAAACUAGUAGUACUGUUAAAUGUGUAAAACGUGCAUUGCUUAUUUUAGUAAACCAACAUAAUAUUGGAAGUGAUAUUAUCUUUUUUUUGAAGAUUGCUUUAAUAGCUAAUAUGUACCACCUUCCUAUAUCUGGGCAAUUCAGUCUUUCUUCUUCAAAGGAUCUGCCAACUAAGUUGAUAAAACCCAACUGUUGAGUUUCGCAGCUUUGCCAACACAGCUCCGUGUUUUUUAAAUAAUUCGUUGUAUUCUUUGCUGACAAGUUAUGAAUUGUUACUUUGCAGGUGUGAAUGGAAAAGCAAUGUUUGGAGUACGUCAGGUAAGUGUCUUGGAUGACGUCAUUAAUGAUGAUGAUGAUGAUGAUGAUGAUGAUACUGACCGACAGACAGAAAGACUGACACUUAAUUUCAACACGUCGUUUCUUCAAGUACAAAACGCUGGUUUCCAUAAAGCCGUUCAUGCAAUAACAUAUCAAAAUAUGAUAAAUAAUUACAGAAAUUGCAGGUACACAAAACUGAAAAUAGAUUUAAUUAGUGCCCUGGAGACCGAGGUGUCGCACAGAUUUCCUAAAAAAUCUCGAGGUGAUUGUGCUUCAGUUAUAGUUGGGAGGAAAUUCCAUAGAUUAGCACCGCGAUAGGAAAAGGUCUAUGAUAAGGAAAAGGAGGAGAAGGGAUACGUGAAAUAUUGUCAGUGACAAUUUUGAUGACUUGUUUUCUGUUUUAAAGGAAUCGAUCGUGUCCAUGUUGGAACAGUUACCAGGGGCCCAUCAAGUCAAGCAGUACUCUUUCAAGUAUAACCCACCGUUUGACAUAAGCAGUUUAGAAGGAACUACUGAGCAGGUGAGGCUAAAAGUCUUUCUCGUCGAUUCUGAGUCAAUUUAACAAUAAAAUAAUUUGAAAUUUUUCUUUUUCGCAGGUCUUAAAAGAAAAUCCGCAUGGUUGUGCUAGAGCUGAGGUGUUUAACAGGUUAGCAAAAUAAGUGAACUCCUUAUAGCACUAAUUAAAUGCUACCUCACCAUCUCGUGAAAGUGCAAAGAAGUUCAUUCACAGACUUGAAGUUAGAAACAUCUCCUAUAGGAUGACAAACAGCACCUUAUAAUAAUAAUAAUAAUAAUAAUAAUAAUAAUAAUAAUAAUAAUAAUAAUAAUAAUAAUCAUAGUAACUCCUCGGAUCGGCACAUAUCCUCAGAAAGGUGCUGGAAGUCUGAGGUCUCGGGAUGAGAAUUGACUGGAUAUUUCUCCCCAGGGAAAAUCCCUGUGCUAAAUUUUACAUAAUAAUAAUAAUAAUGAAUAAUUUUUUAAACAGGCUUCUAGUAGAGAUAAUUAUAUCAUCAUGUCUUUGCGUAGGUUUUACAGAGUAUAAGAAUUUAAUAAUAUUCUAAAUUGGCUUUUUAAGUAAAGAGAUUCAUAUCAUUAUGUUUAUUAGGAUCGUAUUAGGUUUCGCACCGACCUUUUUUUACUUCUAGGUGGUGCUUCUCAAGUGGUGUAGGUUACGUUAUGCGCCCUAUACUACUCAUAAUGUGGACAGCAUUCCAAAGUUUCAUACUGCGACAUAAUAAUGAUAAUAAUAAUAAUAAUAAUAAUAACAACAAUCUUUAUACAGGGAGCUCACUUCACAAAUAGAGAUAUUCAGUGAGGCCCCACAUGAAAUUACAGGCUGCCCUGUAAAGACUCCACGCGGCUGGGCUCAAACUUAGGACUACCUUGUACAGAAUGAUAAACGAUACUACCGAAAAGAAAUUCUAUGAGGCUUUCAUUUAAAUGCUCACACUUUAAAUUUCAUCCACAGACUCAAAAGUUAGAUCCACGGCAUAAUCGACCCAUACCACAUGAAAGUACUGCUCACUAGAUUUCAUUUGAAUUCAUCGCACCCUAAGAUUGCGUCCACAGACUCAAAAGUUGGUUCAUUGUACAUUUCACUUCCCACUUAGGGCAAAAUGUUGGCUUAGGGGAGGGGUAGGUGGGCAGUUUCGCAGAAACGUAUAAUGGUCCCUAAACUUAGACCCACCUUGUAUAGCAUAGUAAUUAACACCUUGGGAAGUGCUACUCAGUAGCUUUAAUUCGAAUUUUUUACACGUCAGAUUCAGAAUCGCUAUCAAACUCUAUCCAUAGUCCCUAUUACUCAUUCCAAUCCUUUUCACUUGUGUUCCUUUUAGAUCCAAAAAGUACGACAUGUUUGCCUUCUUGGCGUCAGUUCAUCGUGUACCUCCUCAGUUGGAAGAAGGUUCAGAGGAGCAAGAGAAUGCAGAACAGACUCGAGAUGGACCGCUUACUGUCAAGUAUGUAUGCUCUGAAUAAACCACAGAACGUUAACGUCGCUUUCAUUUUUUUGGGCAGCGGAAUUCUUCGAGCAGAGAUGGCAGUAAUCAGUCGAUAUGCGAAUUCCACGUCUACGAUGUUAAUUUUCAUUUAAGAUGCUGUAUGCGUUCCUUACCAAAAUGGUGUCUUGGUAGAACAUGCCUUUUCAUGAAAGAAAAAUUACUUGCUGUUCUGUGCUAGCAUUAUAUUUUAUUAAUCAAAGAUUAAUCCGCACCUUUAAGGGAGUGAAGGAGAAGGAAAAUGUCUGUUGCUAAUGCUCGUAAGCGAACAAGAGCGCAUGCGCCAACAAAGAGUGUAUUAUCACAGGCAGACCACCCUCUGUUGGAGUGGCAGUUGUUGUUAUUGAAAUCUGGGCGUCUAUCAUUUGUACUCAAGAGAAGAAAUACAGAUGAGCAUUACGGUGGCUACAAUUUACUCCAAAAUACAGAUUUACACCAAGAUAUUUCAAUAAAAGUUCAACCGAAAUGUUAACUUUGUCAUUUGUGGCUCCAAUUAGGAUUUGCGACUAAAGUCAUUUUGUUUUGAACAAUUGGAUCAUUGUACGUUUCUUGGAAACAUCCCACCCACCCCUCCCCCUAAGCCAACAUCAAUACUUACUUCUCACUAAGGGCAAAAGGUUGGCCUAGGGGAAGGGUAGGUGGGCAGUCUCCCAGAAACGUAUAAUGGUCAAAAUGUUUGCUCAGGGGAGGGGUAGGUGGGCAGUUUCCCAGAAACGUAUAAUGAUCGAACAAUUUACUUUGCAGACGUCCGACCUGCCUUGACCUUCCAAUGGCCAUGAGGUACCGCCAUCUUAAACAGUGUCAAUUCAACAAGGAUGCCGUUGCUGUAUACAGGUGUGUGUUUUACCGUGCCAUUAGCCUGCGAGCAAGCUUCCAUUUAUGGCGGGCGAAGAAAUCCGCGAGAGAACGCGCGAGUACCCCUCUCACUCGCUACUCCUUUUGCGUGCUACUCUCGCGUGACUUCUCGCGGCUCCCCUAAAUGGAGAGCUUGCUCUUCCUUAGAACCGGCCGUUUAAUUCCUCAACUUCCACGGAUGCCUCUAGUAAAAUAAUAAAGAAAUCCCCGAUUCCUGGAAAAAAUAAACUUAUUUGUAAGUGAGGCUUUAGCCUUUAUGUAGCUCUUUAACAAAGCGAAAGCAGAAAAUAGAUACAGGCAAACAAUUGUUGUGCAGCCACAAGAUAAGAAAACUGUUACCGAUAGAUGAGGGCGAUUUUCAGUUUGAUGAUUACAAUUUGCCCCCAAAUUUGGUUUUAUCACCAAUCCACCAAUCAGGUCAAUAACCAGAGUUUGAUACCAUCAACUGACGCGACACAACAUCACUUUGACUCUGAAGAUGCGGACUACUGCAGUCGUUGUCGAAACGUUAGUCGCUGUCAACAACAGCCCUACUUAAGACUAUGAUCACCUGACGAUCAUAUCGGCUACCUAUUUGUGAGAUGACUCCAGGGUUCAAACCUGUCAGUGAUUUAUUAACUGUGGUGGCAAAGUAAAUUUGCUUGCUUAUUCGUUUCUAUUUUAAUUUUCUUUCAAUCCAGAUCUCCCAUCCACGGCCGUGGUUUAUAUUGUACUCGUAACAUCGCUGCGGGCGAGAUGGUGAUCGAGUAUUCUGGAAUGUUGGUGCGGUCCGUUCUUACGGACAAACGGGAGAAAUACUACGAGAGCAAGGUAUGAUCUUUAACAACUUGUAGCAGAAUCUUUCGCGUUAUGCUGGAAAUGGUAAUGAAAUUAUCACAUUCUUUGUGAAGAUUAUUUUCUCGAGGUUCGCGUCCAAGUAACGAGUAUCUUUAAGUUAAGCCUGUGUAACAGGCGCAUAAGAAAUAUGGGCACGCGGCAAGGUAUGCGUGCUAGAGAGGACGACACGCUCGAGGUGAGAGGUAGAUUUUUCUUCUGGCGCGCAUCCCCCUUCCUCUUUGCCACAGCUUUUGUUUGUGCUCCAUAUUGAUUUUUCUUCUGCGCAGGCUUCUUGAAGCGUGAGUCUAUAAAUGAGCAAGCAAAUAACAGACUUAAACUUGCUUUUGGCGCACUUUGCGGGUGUGGCUACCCUGAUUGACUAUGGGAGGUUUUUUCGCUCGAUGACUUGUUUAUUCUCGGAAACUGAAGCCUAUUUGGGAAGCUCUUGGGUAGAGCCUUUUUUUAUAUCUAGAAACUUCUUGCAAUACUAGAAAUUAACUCCAUAGAAUUGGCAGUUUUUCAGUUAGUCGCUUUGUAUGAGUUAGGAUCAAAGACCCAACUGUCUGUCGAUCCAUGACCACUAAUUUGUUUUAUUUUUCAGGGUAUUGGCUGUUAUAUGUUCCGUGUUGAUGGUACUUACGUUGUCGAUGCCACCAUGUGCGGAAACGCUGCCCGCUUUAUCAACCAUUCCUGCGAGGUAAUUAGCCAGCUUCUCUAUUCAAAUUAGUUACGUUUGGCCCGGUAUAAAACGUUAUAUAAAUACUGUAAUACAAUCAUUUAAUACAGUCAUUUUAAUUACAAAUGUCAGAUAAACAUGACAUUUUUAGUGACUAAAUAGAAACAAAAGUGAACAAGUCGCUUUGUCGGAGAUUUAGUUCUAUAAAUAGAAACUGUGUGCAACGCUAUCUCACUAUGGACUAUUAGGGGACGUGAUCUCUUCUUUCAUUGGCUAUCACAAGGUUGCGCUAGAGACUGGAUCAGAAUGCGUCCCUCAGAACAGUGUCACAACGAACCACAGCGCAAUUCGACACAACUCCGACCCAGUCUCUCGUCAAACUUUAAAAUGGCCAAUGAAAACGUCAAAUCGCCUGGAGAGAGCUGAUGUCUAUAUAUGGGAUGGUUUUCCAUAUAGUUGCCGCGAUUCGGACGAUAAGAUGAAAAGACCAAGCGCAAUAUUUUACCAGUUUGAGACAUUUUAUGUUUCAGAAAGAUUAACUCUUUUUCCUCUUUUUCAGUCCAACUGCUAUUCUCGCGUUAUUAACGUGGAUGGCCAGAAGAAAAUCAUUAUCUUCGCCUCAAGAAGGUAUCGUUCUUCCUUUUUCUUAAGUCUUGUAUUGCGUACGGGACUAUUUGACGAUGUUUAGCGCAUUGUUUUGAUUUUUGAUUGGUUCGCUGCUUGUGAUCGUAAUUAUGAUUGGCGGCAGCGAAAAACGCAAUUGUGAAGGCGGCUUUGAACUUCAGCCUCCGCUUGUUUUUGAAAAGCGCAGUAAUCCUCAAAAAAGAGAGUUUUCUCUUUUGCUAAAUAUCCCCCGUUCCCGCUAUUCAGUGUUGGGAUAUAAUAGAACAGUUACGCGCACAAACUUUAAGGUCUCGCUCAACACUGGGCCAGGGGGAGAUAGGAAGGGAAAAAAGAGGUAAAAAAAAGCAGGCCUUCCCAUAGCCUGUGUACAGACCCCCCCCCUGCCGAUUUUUUUGAGGGAGGGGGGUUCUGUACACAGGCAAGCCUUCCCAACACUUUUGUCGAUUGUAGUUAAGACCAUUUGUGAAAGAAGUCGAAGCAUUUUAUUAAUUCGCGUAACUUUUUUUCUCUUGAUUAUGUAUUGACAGAAACUCAUAACUGGUUGAAACGUGUAACUCGCGUUCAAUGGUAAGCUUUCUGGUUUCAACCUUUGAGAGCUUACUCCACUUCCGGAAGUUUUUCCCCUGUUUGUCCGCCAUUUUUGGGGAGGGGGGAGGGGGGGGGGGACGUGAAGUAAAAUUACGUCACGUCGUUUACGAUGUCUGAUUGGUCAGCUAUAUUUGCUUCUCGUUCCAAAUAUACUACUUUUGAAACUGAAUAAUCACGAGUAUCGGACAAAGCAAACAUAUGAGAGUUACACGUUUCAUCUCCUUAUGAGUUUCUGGUAUUGAUAUCUUUAGGAGAAAAUUGAUGUUGAUCACUCUUAAGGCUUCAAGGGUUAAAACCAAAACGUGCCUUCUUUGGUGCCGUUCUGGGUAAAAAUAGAAUCCAAAUAUUGAAAUAACCGUGGUGUUAUUUCAUUCACGAUUAUGCUUGCUAACCACUGUCUUUUCUAAUUGUCUUUUCAGUAUAUCCAGAGGGGAAGAACUGACAUAUGACUACAAAUUUCCAAUUGAAGACGAGAAGCUACCUUGUCUUUGCAAAUCUAAACACUGCAGAAAAUAUCUUAACUGA